AUGGACUAUCGCGUUGAAAAUGGUAGAACUUAUCACAGAUAUAAGGAUGGAAAAUACAACAUUCCCAAUGAUGAGAAGGAAAUUGAGAGACUUGAUUUGCAACAUACUCUAUUCCUACUCACUUUCAGCGACAAGCUCGGAAUGGCCCCUCCCUGCGAUAAGGGAGCUAGCGCUGGCCACGUACUCGAUAUCGGGACUGGGACUGGGAUCUGGGCGAUAGAUUUUGGAGACGAGCACCCAGAAGCAGAGGUUCGUGGGAUAGACCUUUCUCCGGUGCAGCCAGAUUUCUUGCCACCAAACGUGCGGUUCGAGAUAGCAGACUUUGAGGAGCCAUGGCCUUUCGGUCGACAUUUCGACUACAUCCAUAGUCGAAUGAUGAACUCAUCUGUUGGUGACUGGAAUGAGUAUAUUCGAAAAUGCUACGACAAUCUCAACCCUGGCGGGUGGCUGGAAUUAGUCGAGGUUGAUAUUACCCCAUUAUCCGACGAUGGCACUUUGCGACCAGAGCACUCAGUCUCGAGAACGGCACGAUUACUACAGCAGGCGUCAACACUAUACGGACGGCCAUACCAGGACGUCAAGGAAUUGAAAUCAAUCAUGAUGGAGGCUGGAUUCACUGAUGUCACCCUCCUGCAUUUCAAGUGGCCUACGAAUACAUGGCCGAGAGAAAUACGACAUAAAGAACUAGGGGUCUGGCAUAACGAAAACCUGGUCAGAGGAUGGGAAGGAAUAUGUAUGGCCCUGCUGACAAGAAUGCUCGGCUGGACAAGGGAGAAUGUCCUUGCUUUGAUGGAAGAGAAUCUGAAAGAGUUCUCUGACAGGAAUAUCCAUGCGUAUUUCUCAAUUUGGUCUAUUUACGGAAAACGGCCUGUACAAGCAGGAGGAGUUUCUUCGGGGAGCAUUUGA